CUGGAUGGAACUGUGGAUCUUGAUGAGAGACGCCUCAUCCGGUCAGCAAUACGAGAGCUAAGGAGGAGAGAGAUAGAGCACAUGGAGGCUGCUCUGGCCAGCAAGAGAUUUCGGUCCACACGCUUUAAUCAGCAGGAAGACAAGGAGAACCAGCACAGGUCAGAAUCCAGCGAGAACUUGGACGUCUUGUCUCAAAAACUCCAAUCAAUCCAAGACAUCGAUGAGCUCACCAAAAUGCUCCGUGCUGCCAGUGAAUACGAAGAGAGGAAGAUGAUACGAGCGUCUAUCCGACGGAUCAGAGACGAGCAGCUACAAGGGACAGUGGAAAAUAGCAAGGUGUCUGCACGCUGUCUGGAGCCAGAGAGUGUGGAGCCACAGCGCUCCAUGGGAGCUGGGGAGACAGAACGAGAGAGUCACAGUGAGCUGGAGCGCAUCAGAUCUCCGAUUCAGGAGUUACACACCCAACAGACUCACCAAAGCAGAGAGCAGCAAAGGAAAGGCUCCAAUAACAACAACUCAGGCAUGGUGUUGGUUCUUGAUCACCUGGUAAAGGAUGACUGCGCCGGACCACUGCUGAUCAAGGCCCAGAGAGAGUCUGUGAACAUGGACUCUGAUCCGGUUCUGUCGCACCGGCAAAGGUCAGACUCUACAGCUUCAGACCUCAGUGUGAGCUCUGGGCUCUCUAAAUCCAAUCUGGAUUUUGUGACCUCUGGAAAGAGUCUGGGCUCCAACUAUCGAGCCCGGCUGGACUCCGGGGCCUCAGACAAGAGCCAGAGUUCCUUUCAGCGUGAGCGGCUAGACUCCGGCGCAUCAGAGCAAAGCAUCAGCUCUCUGUCUCAUGCCAGACAGAGACUGGGUUCAGAUGUAUCAGAUUCAUGUUUCAGACCCCGUGUGGGUUCUGGAACUUCAGACGGCACUGGCCCGUUUUCCAGGAAACGGACAGACUCUGUGACAUCUGACCGCAGUGUGAGUAUGUCUUCUGAGGAGAGGGUUCCAAUGGAGGAGGCGGAGGCAACCACCAGCGGUUCAAUCUGCAGCACAGAUUCAGAAACGGAGAGAAAUAAUUUUCCAAACAAUGUUCAGACUGUGUCAAACCAGCACAACAUUUGCGACCAGGAACAGCCAGACGGGGCUGUUUUGUCUCGGAGAGAUCCUGUAAAUGGCCUCGUCAAUGGCAGUGGCAAGGAAAAAACAGACGUCCAGAAGCAAAAGAUAACUUCUAACAGCAAUCUGUCACUCACUCAUGGAAAAGCUAAGGAUUCUGUGUUGGAGAAAAAAGAUGUUGUAUUGGAGCAGGUAAUCCGCACUAACUCGGUUCGUGAUAGAAUGCGCAAGUUCACAGAACCCAGCCCAAGCCCAAAUAUCUCAGUUUUCAAGAAAACCCCUCUAAGGAAUGGACCCUCCUUUGGCAGCAGCCAGACAAAUUUCUCCAGAGCUGCUGAGGUCUUUACACAACCUGCAGCAUCCCUCAGCACAUCUGGCCACAGGCCAGCAAGGCCACGAGUGGGCUCGGCAUCUAACACCACUGAUGUAUCCCAGAGUCAAACGGCACCUCAGCCAAAAGGUGGGGCUAGCAAAGCUCCUUCCUCAACCAGCCAAUUACAGAACCCAAUGGGUGGGACAAGACUUCCAGCUGAAAAAGAUGUGCACGCCUCUUGUGAGUCAAAGGAAGACAGAACCCCAGGAAAAGCAGCCGGAACAAAGGUCCCUCAGGGAGAGGAAGACUCAGACAUGAAGACGUUCCUCACCAUUGAGAUCAAGGAUGGACACACCACUACCACCUCCACCACAUCCACUCCAAGAGGCAACAUCAUACCCAUAACCAACAUGACCCCACGUAUCACCACUAUGGGGCAAAGACCAGUUUCCUGCAUCUAUUUCAGAGUUAACCCUCGGCUUAAGAGCAACACCAUUCAAGAUUUCUUCGUCUUCCUUCUCAUCUGGACCCUCCAUCAAGUGGACCUGGACUUCCUUCCGGCCUCACAGCCUUUGGAUGCUUUGGGCAGUCCAGAUAGUGACUGUGCUGAGUCUGGCCUGGAAGAGGCGAUCGGGGAUCUGCUUGCACGGCAAGAGGGUGAGGAUGAAGGAGAACAGCGCGACGAUAAAAACCUUGAGUUGAAAUUACAGUGCGCUUUAAGGGAGGUCCACAGUGACCUGCAGGCCUUUGGGAAGCAAGUGGAUGCCCGUCUGGAAGAGGCAGCAGCUCAGGUGGCUCCUCUAGUCAAAACCAUCGCAAAGCUGCAGGAGGAUAACUCAAAGCUGAGGACAGAGCAAGAGAGGAUGAUAAGGCAAAUGGAGACGGAGCCUGUUGUUGCAUCUGAGCCGAUAUUUUCAGCUGGAUCAGCUGUACAGGUGGUGCAUCACAUCCCAGAUAUCCCCAAUGGCUCCAGCACUCAGACCAAGACUGUGGAGUUCUCAGGAAAGCUGACAGCUGAGAAGCUUGCUGCAAUCGAAGACGAAGAGCUCCUUGACAAAAUGCUCGAUGAGUCGAAAGACUUUGAGGAGAGAAAGAUGAUCAGGGCAGCCAUGAGAGACCUUCGCAAGAAAAAGAGAGAGGCCAUGCUGGGAUGUACUCAAGAAGAAAUGGGUAUGAUGGGUGGUUUGCAGUGUGAUUUAAUACUCGGUGUUUGCUUGGACCAGAGAGAAAAGGAGCGUGAGACUCGACUGCAAGAGCUGCGGCAGCAGAGAGAAGAGCGAGGGCAGAAGGGCGGUGCUGGGCCCGGAGUUGGAGAGGUGGUGAUGAAGAAGGUGGAGAAAUCAGCAGAUGGUUCAACCGUCAGCCAAGUCACCAAGACAAAUCGCUUUGCACAGUCUGAUGAUGGGAGCAGGUCAACACACAGCACUAUAGUGGAGUCCACUUAUGUGCAGAAAACAGACAGAGGAUCAGUGCAGUCUAAAUCAUACAGUUACACCUCCUCCUCAUCCUCUAACACAAGCAAAAAAGUAGGCAGCGUGUUCGAUCGUGAGGAUGACACUUCAUCUCGAAAUGGCAGCAGCGGGUUGGCCGCUAUGGAGCGACGGCAGGCAGAGAGGCGCAAAGAGCUGAUGAGGGCUCAAACGCUGCCAAAGACGUCCGCCAUGCAGGCUCGUAAAGCCAUGAUAGAGAAGCUGGAGAAGGAGGGAGGAGGGCCUGGAAAUCAGGCAGUGGCCAAAGUAAAUAGGGUGCAGCGUUCAACCAGCUUUGGUGUGCCAAACGCAAACUCCAUCAAGCAGAUGCUCCUCGACUGGUGUCGUGCCAAGACGCGCAUGUACGAGCAUGUGGAUAUCCAGAAUUUUUCCUCCAGCUGGAGCAACGGCAUGGCGUUUUGUGCCCUGGUGCACAGUUUCUUUCCCGACGCCUUUGACUACGACUCCCUGAGCCCCAGCAACCGCAGGCAUAACUUCGAGGUGGCCUUCAGCGCCGCAGAGAAACUAGUGGACUGUCCCCAGCUGUUGGAUGUGGACGACAUGGUGAAGAUGCGUGAGCCAGAUUGGAAGUGUGUUUACACGUACCUGCAGGAGUUCUACAGGGGCCUGGUGACGAAGGGCCUGGUUAAAACCAAAAAUUCCUCCUAGAGUCGCGCCUAAAACUAAAGCUAUGGACCUACGCCAAGUGCAUGCCUUUACUGGAAGUGGAAGACAUGAUGAUCAUGGGUAACAAACCAGACUCCAAGUGUGUCUUCACCUACGUGCAGUCUCUGAUCAACCACCUGCGCAGAUAUGAGAUGUCCAUGGGCCGCCCCUGUGACCUCUGACCUGUGGGCACUCAGACUGGACAUGGCUUCUCCCCUGCUUUCUCUUCAGUGGCGCGCAGCUUUCAACAACCCCCUCGUUUGUGCGCUUGUUUCUUUGUGUUGGUUUAUUUAGCAUGUUGGUCAUUAUUUCAGUUCCUUUUCUUUACAGACUAUCUUCACAAAAAAAUUGACCUUUUUCCAAAGAUAGUGUCUAAGUUUUGAAUAUACCUUUUUAUGGUUUCAUCCCCCAGUCCUUUUUUUCCUACUCUGCUUUCGACCAGCUUUAACGUGCAGUAGCGCUCACUUUGCCUGUGUGCAGAAAAACACCCCAAAAAAAGAGAAGUGAAAUGUUUUAUGGUGUUUCCUCUUUUAAAAGUAUUUUUAAUUACUUAUUCUUGUAAUUAUUUUAAGUAAUUAGCCUCAUUUUGUCAGCACUUCUCUUGAUAAUUCCACUUGAAAUGAAUCCAAAACAUGUUGCAUCAUCUGCUGUUUAUUUUGGUACUUUUACAUUUUGAACUAAACUCUUGUUGCUUGAUUUAUUGACUAAGUUAUUGUCAUUUUCAUGCCUGUGUUACUAAUGCUGAAUACACGCGCGCAGGGAUAGCAUUUGUUUACUGUUCUAGUUGAUUUAGCAGUGGUUCUGCAGUCCUGAGGAAAGUUUCUGAACUCUGCAGAGCCACUGAGAACAGCUAAUGUCAGCAGCCCAGGCCGGUCAGACACCAGUGAGUUCCAGCUGGACUAUGCUGAAGGACAGCAGAUGAUCCCACCACACUGUCAUCCCUGAGCAUCACUGUGUCACCUCCCAGAUACUUUCUCACAAGUCUUUUAAAGGGCUCUUUAUUUAUGCUAAAGUAGAUUUUAUUUUCAGUAUUUCGUGCUGUUGUUUUGGUGUGUACAUUAUGCUUUUAAGGGUUUGGUUCAAAGUAAGGCAAAAGGCUGAAACUAUCAGCUUUCGAUAUAAACACAAGUAGUCGUGACUGAAAAUUGCUUAAGGGCUUUAAAACAUUUUUUUUCUUUUAGUAUUUGUAAAAUUAGUUGGCUUUUGCGAAAAUGUUUUAAAUUUAGUUUCAGAGUUACAUUUUUGACUAAACAUGUUCCGUUUUUGUAGAUUUGAGAAGUUAUUUCCAGACAAGUGGAAGGCUCCUCUAAGCUGCGAGUGGUGUGUGUGUAUGUGUAUAUAAGAGCUUGAACACAAUAAUUUCAUGUUUUUGGGCACCACAUUGAAAUGUGAAUUAACAAAUAAACCAUGUGAGUAAAUGGA